AUGGACAUUUCAGGAAAACUUCAGGCAACAACAAAAGCUUUGGGAAAAUGGAAUCAUCAUGUGUUUGGGCAUGUCAACACAGGAAUCAAGAAAAUCCAUAGAAGAAUUCAGAAUGCUAAGAGCAAGAAUAAUCAAGACAUCAACAUAACCAAGAGCUUGGAAGCAGAACUAAAUUUGUGGUAUGACAAGAAAGCAACAAUCAAGUAUCAACAAGGUAGAGAGAAUCUAAUAAAACAAGAAGACAGAAAUAACAAACUCUUUCAUUCAAGAUCUAACUAUAGGAGGAAAAGGAAUCAUAUUGAUACUUUGUUGAAUGAAGAAGGAAAUUGGAUUUCUACCAAGGAGGAAAUUUUUUCACUACUUAAAAAUUAUUUCAAGACCACUUAUAAUUCUUCAAGUCACAGAAUAGACUCAGAUAUACUUCAACUUAUUAAUUCUUGUGUCGCUGAAGAAGAAAACCACAAGAUAAUUCAAAUGCCAACUGAAGAAGAAAUCAAAGAAUCAAUGUUCAGUAUCAAUCCUUGGGGUGCACCAGGUCCAUAUGGGUAUCAAGCAGGAUUCUACCAGCAUACUUGGAGCAUAGCUGGAAGGGAGACUGCUUAUGUCCCAGGCAGAAAUAUUCAUGAUAAUGUUAUCAUUGCUCAUGAGAUGAUGCACUAUAUGAAGACUACUAAAGCUAAUCAGGGUGUUAUUGGCAUCAAACUGGAUAUGGCCAAAGCUUUUGAUAGAAUAGAAUGGGAUUUCUUACAAGAAAUUACGAUUCAUUUGGGUUUCUCUCAAAAGUGGUGUCAACUUAUUCAUCACUGCAUAAGCACAACAAAAAAUUCUAUUCUUGUUAAUGGUUCUCCAAUGGAUUUCUUCUCUCCAUCAAGAGGACUCAGACAAGGUGACUCCAUUUCUCCAUAUCUCUUUAUUCUUUGCAUGGAAGGUUUCAGCAGAUUUCUCACAAACAAUGCAAAACAAAAGAUCAUUGAACCACUCAUCCUAGCAAAAACAUGGCCAACAGUUUCUCAUUUGUUGUUUGCAGAUGACUGCAUUCUGUUCUCCAAAGCAACAACAAGGUCCAUCAAAAACUUAAAAAGUAUAAUUCAAAAAUUCACUUCUUCUUCGGGAUAG